AUGGCUACAAAUCAACAAACCAGCUUCGAAAGGUCUCUGGACCUCUUUCGACGAGAGCUUUCUGACGAUCAGAUCAAGAGAAUCAAUGGAGUCAACCAGAAGACUGUUACAGAUACUAUCCAAGAAAUUCAGGGCAAAUUAGGGCGCAGGGAUGGCCUUUGCAAAUUGACCCGAAUCCAGAGAUUUCUUCAAGCUAUGGAACACAUCGAGAAGCUAGUCACAAUAUUCCUCAACGCCAGUGACUUCGUGGCUUUCAUUUGGGGUCCGAUCAAGCUGGCUCUUAUGGUCGCCACUACUUGGACAGAAGCUAUCAGGCAACUGAUCGAAGCUUACGAAGAAAUUGCAGACGCGCUAGGUAAUCUUGCCUUCUUCCACAACCUCAUUCAGAGUCGAGAUCACUUGAAGUUGGUGUUGGACGAUUAUUUCUCCGAUAUCCUUCGAUUCCAUCGAUGCGUCCUUGAUGUCUUUUCUCGUCCAGAAUGGAAAAGACUGUUUAAAUGGGCUUGGGGAAGUUUUCGGCGCGAAGUCAAGCCAAUCCUCGAAAGUCUCAAACGCAAACAGGCUCUGUUAUCAGAUGAUAAGCUGCAAUCCCACGCUAUCCUCAAGGAAGUCCAGGACUCCGAUCAGUACGCUAAGGAUCAGUUCAGUAACCUCCAGACAAGUCUCGAUGAUAUAAGGUCUACUUUGGCUUCUGAGCAGUUGCAAAGCAAGGCUUUACAAUCUCGGGAAAUGAAGACCUACUUGGAGAGUCGACUAGAUGUUUCAACGUCUCGAACUGAUCUUCAGCUAGAAUCACAGGAUACUGUCGAUGAAAAUUCUGGCAUUUGGAUCUUUUCCAAUCCAAUUUUCAAAGGUUGGGAAGGAGGAAAAUCUGCAGAGAAAAGGGUCUUGUUCCUCAAUGGCUCCCCCGGUUCCGGUAAGUCAUCUACUCAUUUGCAGUUUAGGGAUUGUCUGUAG